AUGAGCAAGAUAACGCAGGAUAUUUCCUUGAAGGAUGGCUUUUUCGACGAUGAAGAGUUUGAGGUAAUUUUUGGCUUUGACGAUCAAGAAGCUUGGACGCGAUUACGAUCGUUUUCGAACACAACGCAGGUGUUGAUCAGUUCCCAAUCGCAGGCGGAGUAUGGAAUUUUGCUAGGGAAAAAUAUCACCGACGAGCAUCCGUGGAAAGAAAUCAAGAAGGAGACAUUUCAAAAAUUCCUUAGCUCUCGAGGGCAAACUGAUGGCAACGUUCAAGAAUUGCUACAACGUUUGGAGCCAGGAUCAUCGCUGCUCAUUGAAUAUUUGCCUGAUCAGUCAACAGCCCACGAAGAUGCAUUUUUGGUUUACUUAGAUGUGGCAGAAAUUAACGAGGCCAGCGAGAUCGUUCGCAACCUUGAGCUUUUUCAGCGCUUGAAGCUUAAUUUGCUCACCGAAAAACGAAUGCGUCAGAAAUGGUGCCCCGAAGGAGCGGACCUGGAGAUAGCGAAGUGGACACGCUUACCAAGCGAACCAAAUGUAGACACGGAGGCGCAGAGUGUCCUGCCGAUUCGGAGAACCGAUCAAACAGUGUCCACCCGAGGUGUGUCGGAUGUACGCGAUGGGUACGUAGAGCUUGUGCCAUUUAAGUGGAAACCGAUCAAUUUCCCACGCAGACUGACCGAUCGUGCCAUCCAAGUACGACCGCAAGCGUACAGCCGCUUGCAGCAAACCGAACCAACCUUCCUGUCCCAUGCAGCAACGCAGUAUCAGCUCGAUGUCGCCGAUAGCAAGAUAGAUCCGUCGCUGAUUUCGUCGACAUGGUUGCUAAAUGCUGCCGAGUCACUGUCCCAGGAAGCACGGUUCAACUUGAUUGAGCUGUACAGCAACGAGUACGAUUGUAUUUCGCAAACGCUCGUGCCGUCUUAUCGUACGCCGCAAAUCGACGAGGUGCUCUCGUUCAUGAACCGUGCGCUGUGCAUCGGGCGCAGCGUUUGCUCGAUGGAUUGGCAUCCGGAGCUGUCGGGUGUGUUUGUAGCGUCGUAUACCUUUGAGACGCUGUCAAAACAUGCUAACAAGCAGCACAAUCAAUCAGAACAGCCCUUCGGAGACGCCCUGAAUCGGAUGACGUUUGAAAAAUGUACCGUACUGCUGUGGAGCUUCGAGGACAGCUUGGAACCGUUGCUGGAGCUUAAGACAAUCCGUGAAGUGACGGCUGUCUCGUUCUGUCCGUACGAUGGUGAGCUACUGGUGGGAGGGCUGUCGAACGGACAGAUUGUCCUGUGGGACAUGAAAGGUGAAUUGGAGCGGGUAGAGCAGGCGAAAAAAGCUGCGCUCGAGUCGAGCGAAUAUCGCAAACAAAUUCGCCAACUGAUGGAAUACCCGGAGAUGGAGUGUAUUGAUCGUGAGGUUAAUCCGGCCGCCGUAAGUUCGCUGGAGCAUUCGUCGAGAGGUGCGAUUACAUGUAUCAAAUGGUUGCCGCGAAAUUAUUUCUGCACCACCACCGGCCACUUGAAACCGCAUGCCGAAAACCUUUACCGGUUCAUGGUGAGCACCUCGUUAGAUGGUAGUGUGUGCUUUUGGGAUCUUGAAUUUACGUUGCCGGCGUUGCAGAAAAUGGUUGCUGCGUCGAAAACGGCACAGCUGGGCGACAAAACGGCGUACCAGCGUGUAAACAAUCUAUUCUUUCCGACGUUCAGGCUUAUUUGUGCGAUACCAAUUUUAGCCACGGUCAUCGAUGAAGCAAUCUAUCUUUCGAUGCCUCAGGAACGGGUGGCGGAACUCACGAAGCGUGUAAAACAUCAGCAAGAGCCAGUAGCCACGAGUUGUGAGAUGUGCAUCAAGCUAGGAUCGUUUACGGGGCAGCUGAUUGAAGCCUCGUGGGAAGGAUAUGACUUUGAGCAGGGAGCGCUGGUGAAUGAUGAGCUGGUAAAGGUAACGCACGCCUUCAGUCCCAUUCACGAUGGUCCAAUAUUGGCGCUGGAACGCAACAAUAUCUGUCGUACUGUUUUCCUUUCGAUUGGUGAAAAUGUGCUUGCCAUUUGGAGUGAGACUGAAAGUAGUUCUCCAGUGUUUUGGCGAAAGAAACCCGUGAAGGUAACAGCGUGUCGCUGGAGUCUUGAUCGCGUUUCGGUUUUCUUCGUUGGCUUGAGCAAUGGGGAUUUUGAGAUAUGGGAUAUGAGUUUAAAAACAUUCCGUGCAACGGUUUGCAUGAAUCUGGGAUCGGAGGCAUUGACGACCAUAUCGCUUCAUCGGCUGGCUAGUGCUCGGAACUGUUUGGCGGUGGCCGAUUCGAAUGCGAAUAUUAGAAUUUUUAAAAUAGCCGCUGCAUUCGUAAAACCCCUACCAGAUGAGGAGGAAACAUUUAGCAAUAUGAUACAGCACGAGCUUGCCCGAAAAGCUAGACAGACCGCUUGGGAGAAGGGAUAUUUCAGAAGAAAUGUGGCCAUUAUUGAAGCGAAAAUUCAAGCAGAAAUUGAUGCCCGUGAAAGGAAACACCAGGAAGAGGCGAAAGCGAACGCUUGGACCACAAUCGAUGCGGACAAAACGAAGAAAAUGUUGGAGCUGGAAAAGCGUAUGCCUUUGAGCGAACGGCUAGAACAAAAGUAUCAAGCCAAACACUUCGAAACACUGUUGCGUAAGCUAAUGGCAAGACGAAACGUUAGCCCGGAGCGAAUGGCUCAACAGAUGCGUCCGGAAGUGGAGCGUCGCAAGUACAAUGCAGAAAAGCGUGACGCGAUCGCAGCAAACAUUUCACUUGCGAAAAGUGAUUUUACCAAUGUGCACAAACUGUUGCGGCCGGUGGAGAAAGCGGUGCCUAUCGUUGAUGAAUCCGAUCGAGAGGAAAAGGUUGGCAAGUACCGGGCCGAUAUUGCUGACUAUCGACGGAUCGAGUCGGAGGCUGGGGCAGUGUUACGUGCGCACUAUCUGCCCGAACUGGACAGUUUUGUGGAGGUGUUGAUGAAAAGUAAGGAACGUCGUGACAAGGUGUGCGUUAAAGUCGGUACCAAUAUGCAGCAUUUGUUGAGCUAUGAGAAAAAGCGUAGCUUGAGGCGGCUGGGAGUGGCCCCUAGGACGCUGUUGCAAGAUUUGAACCCAAUUAUUGGAGAUGAAGAUGGAGAAGAGGGCAAGGAAGAGUUUACAGAAAAUGUUUAA